GCUGACCUGGCCGCGGCUUCUCGGUUCUUUACUUUCGCGGAACGUGCCCAAGCUGCGGUAGCCGGCAGCCGGCGCCUCUCCAGUAGGAGGGCGCGGGGUGGGAGAUGACAGUGAUUUCCUCCCUUCUUGGCCCACCGCGAGCACCGACUCCCUUCUCCUUGCGGCCCGGGGGCUGCAGACAUAGCAGUAUGACCACAGGCUGGAAAGGACCCUCCUGUCUGGUGUGACUCCUUGAUGUAGCCCUGAGAACUUCUGAAAUUUCCAGAGAAUUUGGAUGCGAGUGGACAUUCAGCAGAGACUCUGUGGGCCCCAUGCCCUCAUUCACUGGGUGGAGCUCGAGUGUGGACCACUGGAGAGGAGCGCCGUGCAUCACUGCAGCUGUAAUCCUUAGAUCUGAUCGGAGUUGGAAGGUGAAAGAAAAUGAAUUCUUUUUCUGAUUUACCUGCAGAGAACUUAACCAUUGCAGUCAAUAUGACGAAGACUUUGUCCUCAACAGUAACACAUGGGUUUAAUUCUACUAAUGACUCACCUUCGAUGUCAAUAACAAGGCUUUUUCCAGCCUUACUAGAAUGCUUUGGCAUAGUCCUUUGUGGCUACAUAGCAGGAAGGGCCAAUGUCAUAACAUCAACACAGGCCAAAGGACUGGGGAAUUUUGUCUCCAGAUUUGCGCUUCCAGCUUUAUUAUUCAAAAACAUGGUUAUACUUAAUUUUUCCAAUGUGGAUUGGGCUUUCCUAUAUAGUAUCUUAAUUGCCAAAGCUGCUGUAUUUUUCAUUGUAUGUGUAUUAACCUUAUUGGUCGCCAGCCCCGACAGUCGAUUUAGCAAAGCUGGACUAUUUCCUAUUUUUGCUACACAAAGUAAUGACUUUGCAUUGGGAUAUCCUAUUGUUGAAGCUUUAUAUCAAACUACGUACCCAGAAUAUCUCCAGUACAUUUAUUUGGUGGCGCCAAUAUCUCUUAUGAUGUUAAACCCUAUAGGGUUUAUCUUUUGUGAAAUCCAGAAGUGGAAAGAUACUCAAAAUGCUUCUCAAAAUAAAGUAAAAAUUGUGGGACUCGGAUUUCUGCGGGUAUUACAGAACCCAAUAGUAUUUAUGGUCUUCAUUGGCAUUGCCUUUAAUUUUAUUCUGGAUCAGAAAGUGCCCGUAUAUAUGGAAAACUUUCUUGAUGGACUUGGAAAUUCUUUCUCUGGAUCAGCUCUAUUUUAUCUUGGUCUUACAAUGGUGGGAAAAAUAAAGAAACUGAAGAAGUCAGCAUUUGUUGUGCUAAUUCUUCUCAUCACAGCUAAACUCCUGGUGCUACCGCUUCUGGGCAGAGAAAUGGUGGAACUCUUGGACAAGGGCGACAGUGUAGUCAACCACACAAGUUUAUCAAAUUAUGCAUUUUUGUAUGGUGUCUUCCCCGUAGCACCAGGAGUGGCUAUCUUUGCAACACAGUUCAACAUGGAAGUAGAGAUUAUAACCUCAGGGAUGGUGAUAAGCACGUUUGUGUCUGCGCCAAUCAUGUACGUUUCUGCCUGGUUACUGACCUUUCCCACUAUGGACCCUAAGCCAUUGGCAUAUGCCAUCCAGAAUGUUAGUUUUGAUAUAAGUAUUAUCAGCCUGGUCUCCUUGAUCUGGUCUUUGGCUAUUCUUCUUUUGAGUAAGAAAUAUAAACAGCUUCCUCAUAUGCUUACAACUAAUUUACUCAUCGCGCAGUCUAUUGUCUGUGCUGGAAUGAUGAUAUGGAAUUUCGUUAAAGAAAAAAAUUUUGUUGGACAAAUUCUGGUGUUUGUUCUAUUGUACAGCUCCCUCUAUAGCACCUACCUGUGGACAGGCCUUCUAGCAAUUUCUUUGUUUCUUUUGAAAAAGAGAGAGAAUGUACAAGUUCCUGUUGGAAUCAUCAUAAUAUCUGGCUGGGGAAUUCCUGCUCUCCUUGUUGGUGUUCUUUUGAUAACUGGAAAGCAUAAUGGAGAUAGCAUUGACUCUGCCUUCUUUUAUGGAAAAGAGCAGAUGAUCAUCACGGCAGUCACCCUGUUCUGCAGCAUUGCCAUAGCCGGCAUAGCGCUCAUGUGUAUGAACCGCACCACCCAAGCGGGACGCUAUGAGGGUUUCGACCAGUCUCAGGACCACAAAGCAGCAGAGCCUGGAAACACUGCUUUUGAGGAGAGUCCAGUGCCAAUAACUGAACCCGAACUUUUUACAAGUUCUAUCCCAGAAACAAGUUGCUGCUCCUGCUCCAUGGGAAAUGGUGAAUUACACUGCCCAUCCACAGAACCAGUAGCAAACACAAGCACCAGUGGGCCUGUGACUCCUUCAUUUGAGAAAAAUGAUCAUUGUGUGAGCCGCUGUAACUCCCAGAGCUGCAUCUUAGCCCAGGAAGAAGAGCAGUAUCUACAGAGUGGAGACCAGCAACUGACUCGACAUGUGUUGCUGUGUUUACUUCUCAUUAUUGGCCUGUUUGCUAAUCUUUCCAGUUGUUUAUGGUGGCUGUUCAACCAAGAGCCUGGAAGACUGUAUGUGGAGUUACAGUUUUUCUGUGCCGUGUUUAACUUUGGCCAGGGAUUUAUUUCCUUUGGAAUCUUUGGAUUGGACAAACAUUUAAUCAUCCUACCUUUCAAAAGAAGACUUGAGUUCCUAUGGAAUAAAGAAACAGCAGAAAACAGGGAUUCUCCUGUUCCUGAGGAAAUAAGAAUGACCUGUCAACAGUUUAUCCAUUAUCACCGUGACCUCUGUAUCCGAAACAUUGUCAAGAAAAGAAGGUGUGGUGCAAAGACUUCUGCUGGGACCUUCUGUGGCUGUGACCUGGUGAACUGGCUAAUUGAAGUCGGCCUCGCCUCUGACCGUGGUGAAGCUGUGAUAUAUGGAGACAGACUGGUGCAAGGGGGAGUCAUCCAACAUAUCACCAACGAAUAUGAAUUUCGGGAUGAGUACUUGUUUUACAGAUUUCUUCAAAAGAGUCCUGAACAGAGUCCUGCUAUUAAUGCAAGCACCCCCCAACAGGAAAGAUACCAAAAAAUUGAGCCUUCAUCCCCAUCCCCUAACACCUAAAUUAUGAAGGAGACAACUCCACACGGAGUCAUAGUCUAGCCCCAGAUCUGUUACUUAUUAGCUGUGUGACCUUGGGUAAACCACAAGCUCUCUGAGCCUCAGUUGCCUCUUCUGUAAAAUUUGACAAGAUGUGUUCCCACCCUGUGCUAACAUUCUGUGAUUUUAUGUGUAUGUAAAACACACAGGAAACUGACAGGAAAAAGAGAAAACCAAAACAGAAUUUAAAGUUCUGAUAAUCAAUAUAAUAAUUACUCUAAAUUAUGCCAACAUUUUAAAACAUUGCUCCCUGCAACUGUUUGCUACAAUUUCAAAAUCACUAUCUAAUUUACUAUUCCUUUAAAUUGCCAAAUUUGGCAGAUGUACUACUGGCAGGAAAUGGACCUUAAAUUAUGAUAACUUUGCACUUAUUGAUAGCACCUCCUAAAAAAGAAUUUUAACAAUUCUCAUAAGAGGCAUUCUUAUUCUGUUUUUCCCAUUUCCUUGACAAGUAGUGCUCAUUAAAAGCUAGAAGCAGGAUUUUUUUAAGGUUCAUUUUGUCUUGCUUUUCUAUCCAAAGUACUAAUCUGUGCCAUUAGGAGGGGAAUAAGAACCUCCAUAAAUAUUAUUAUUUCCAAAAUCCAUCAACAGAAGUCUAGUCUCAUCUUUAACUUUUGUACUAAAAAUAACAAUUUGAGCAGAUUCAUUUAAAUUUUAUCAACAAAAUUACUGCCAUGUGAUGUAUCAUUUCGGGUGUUUGCAGAAAGCAUGACCUUGCAGAAGGAGAACUCGACUACCUGAUUCCCUGCAAUUAAAAAGAAGAAAAAAACUAUAUAGUUCAAGCCAAGAUUUUAAAACUCUAAGCCUAACAUCCUGCUUUUACAUUUAGAAUUUAAUGUUUUUUAAGUGUCCAUGUAUAAAAAUUUAUAUAUUUGAAAAUCACUAAAUGUUGCCCUCAGAUAAGCUUUAUCUUCAGUAACUCACAUGACCUUUGAACUUCCACUUAAUUCUUAGGUGUCAGUGCUGGUUUAACUUAUUUGAAAAAUGUUUUAAGUAUUUAUUUAUCUCAUACUUUUAGUGUCUCAUAUGUAAAAGCCAUUUAGAAAAUAAUGUAUAGGGUUAAGUCAUUGCCCUUUUAAUGCAACAAAUACAUAAUUUUUUUUAAAACCUGCAUGGAAGCCUAGUGUAUUUAACAAGUAAAUUAUGCUUUGUGUGUAGUAUUAGCUUGUACCAAUUUUAAGUUACGAUAAGGGAAUGAGGAUGCUUUCAGCAGAACUGUCUUGCUGCGGCACUUUGUUUUAACAUGUCCACACUGUAACUAACUCUCAUUAUGAUGCUCAGAAGGCAGCAUAAUGCCUCGUUGCUGUACUAGGAGACCUUCCGAGUUACAGCAACAGAGACAUUGAUUCACAUGCAUGCAGGCACCUCAGACUCAAGUGGAGAGAGUGUUUCAUUUGUGAACAAGUCACACUACACAUGUCCUGUUAUGUGCAUGAAGGGAAUCGGAACAUCUUUUCCCAUGGGAAACACUAAAAGAAAACCCUAGAUCAGAAUGAUCUGCAGUUUCAGAUAAUGAAGGCUUUUAAGAGAUGUUUUUAGGAUUAAGAAUAUGGUAAUUUUAUCAAAUGAAAAGAUUUGUAACUUUUACUCCUAUUGACAAAGCAAGUUUCCUCAAUAAAAUACCUAUUUUAACUUGC